CUGCCCUGGUGGGUGGCGUGCAAGAUUAAACAAUAAUGCUAGUGAAUAAAAGAGGGUGACAAAGCAAGAAAUGUAAUGACUGGGUUCACUCAAGUAAAGUCAUGUGGCCGUUUUUCCACACCAGCUUGCAUUUGCUAAUGUUGUUGUAUUCCUGCUUUUCUUCUACUACAUCGUCCUCCUGUCGGUUACAGGGGCGGUUUGAUUUGAAUGGGAUGCACAAGGCUGGAGAUGUAGUUCUUGGUGGACUGUUUGAAAUCCACUUCUUCUCUGCCUUUCCUGACCAGUCUUUUACCUCAGAGCCACAACAGCCUACCUGCCAUGGUUUUGAUGUUAUAGGUUUUAGGCAGGCCCAGACCAUGGCCUUUGCUAUUGAGGAGAUCAACAGAAACACCAACCUGCUACAUAAUGUGACUCUGGGAUACAGUCUGUACGAUAACUGUAACAAACUUGGAGUUGGAUUUCGAGGAGCAUUAACAUUAGCCAGUGGUCAAGAAGAGCAAAUUAUUUUAGAUAAGACGUGUGCAGGAAGCCCUCCAGUACUAGGAAUUGUGGGUGAUUCUUCCUCUACACGUUCUAUUGCCAUCUCUGCUGUCUUAGGUUUGUACAGAGUACCUAUGGUGAGCUAUUUUUCCACAUGUUCCUGCCUGAGCAACCGGCAAAAGUUUCCGUCCUUCUUUAGGACAAUCCCAAGUGAUGCUUUUCAGGUUCGUGCUAUGAUUCAGAUUCUAAACCACUUUGGCUGGACUUGGGCAGGUCUGCUGGUCAGUGGUGAUGAUUAUGGACUCCAUGCUGCCCGAUCCUUCCAAUCUGACCUGAGUCUGUCUGGUGAAGGGUGUCUGGCUUAUUUAGAAGUUUUGCCUUGGGGCAAUGACCCAGCUGAACUGAGGAGGAUUGUGGAUGUGAUGAAGAAAUCCACAGCUCGUGUAGUCAUUGUGUUUGCAAAUGAGGGUCACAUGAUUAAUCUCAUGAAGGAGGUGGUGAGGCAGAAUGUAACAGGCCUGCAGUGGAUGGCCAGUGAAGCCUGGACAGCAGCUCCUGUGCUCCAGACCCCUCAGCUCAUGCCGUACUUGGGUGGCACAUUGGGCAUCGCCAUCCGUCGAGGAGAGAUCCCAGGACUCAGGAAGUUCCUGUUACAAAUACAUCCCAAUCUGCACAGCAACAGCAACAGCUAUGGGAACAACAUGGUUAACCAGUUUUGGGAACACACAUUUCAGUGCAGAUUCCCUCCACCUCCAGCAGGUUGGGUGGAAAGUGGGGGAGCAAUAUGCACUGGAGAAGAAGAUCUGGAGAGUGAGGGGACAGAGUUCUUGGAUCUUUCCAACCUCAGGGCUGAGUACAAUGUGUACAAGGCUGUGUAUGCUCUGGCAUACGCCCUUGAUGACAUGCUGCAGUGCACACCAGGGAGAGGGCCUUUCAGUGGAAACAGCUGUACCACUUUACAAACAAUGGAGCCCUGGCAGCUUGUUUAUUACUUGGAAAUGGUCAACUUCACCACAUCAUUCGGUGAUCAAGUCUCAUUUGAUGAGAAUGGUGAUGCUCUGCCUAUAUAUGACAUCAUGAACUGGUUGUGGCUCCCUGAUGGACGAACUAAAGUUCAGAAUGUGGGUGAGGUCAAGAGGUCAGCCUCCAAAGGAGAAGAACUCACACUUUUUGAAGACAAAAUCUUCUGGAACUUUCAAUCCAAAAAGCCACCUCGAUCAGUGUGCAGUCAGAGUUGUCCUCCAGGUACACGAAUGGUGAGAAUGAAGGGGAAACCUGAAUGCUGUUUUGACUGCAUCCCUUGUUCUGAGGGAAAGAUCAGCAACAAUACAAACUCCAUGGAGUGCACCAGUUGUCCAGAGGACUUCUGGUCCAGCCCCCAGCGUGACCACUGUGUUCCUAAGAAGACAGAGUUCCUGUCCUACCAUGAGCCUCUGGGUAUCUGCCUGACAGCCACCUCAUUGCUGGGCACAUUGAUCUGUGCUGCUGUUUUGGGAAUCUUCAUCUAUUAUCGCAAAACACCUAUAGUACGUGCCAACAACUCAGAACUGAGUUUCCAGCUAUUGCUGUCACUUAAACUAUGCUUCCUGUGUUCGCUGCUGUUCAUUGGACGACCCAGACUGUGGACAUGUCAAAUGAGACAUGCAGCGUUUGGGAUCAGCUUUGUGCUCUGUGUGUCGUGCAUCCUGGUGAAAACCAUGGUGGUUCUGGCUGUUUUCAAGGCCUCCAAGCCAGGAGGUGGAGCCAGUCUCAAGUGGUUUGGUGCUGUGCAGCAGAGAGGAACAGUUUUGCUUCUUACCUGCAUUCAGGCAGCCAUCUGUGUUGUGUGGAUUGUCUCGGCAUCGCCACUGCCUCACAAAAACAGUCAGUAUCACAGUGACAAGAUAGUUUAUGAGUGUGUAGUUGGUUCCACUGUGGGUUUUGCUGUGUUAUUGGGUUAUAUUGGAUUACUGGCCAUCCUCAGCUUCUUGUUAGCAUUUCUGGCCAGGAAUCUUCCAGACAGCUUCAAUGAGGCCAAACUCAUCACUUUCAGCAUGCUGAUCUUCUGUGCUGUGUGGGUGGCCUUUGUUCCUGCUUAUAUCAGCUCACCAGGAAAACAUGCAGAUGCAGUAGAGGUAUUUGCCAUCCUGGCCUCCAGUUUUGGCCUCCUUGUGGCACUGUUUGGACCCAAAUGUUACAUAAUCCUGCAGAGACCAGAGAGGAACACAAAGAAAGCAAUCAUGGGUCGUGGCAUCAGGUCAUGAUUUAUUUUUUUCUCUAUGUAGUAUAGAAGUGCAUGCAGAUAAACUGGUUCAUAGUAAUACAAUGAUAAAUUAUUCAGAAAGUUGAGCUGAUGUCAGAUAAAUAUACUUAAAUCUUACAACUUGUAAGAUAUUGUAUGUAUCAUAAUACUUACAAUGAAUUUAGGAUACCAAGUGAACAAUGUGACUCUUGAUGGAAGUUAGUCUAUAACUUUUUUGCUGCUUUGUUAAUUGUAAAUUACAUUCUCUGAAUAAAUUAUGCAGACAAUUUGGGGUCUUUCAGCACUC